UAUUCAUGGUCAACUAGGUACUGCACGUGCACUGCAUGCUUGCACUGCAUGGGGUAUCCGGUAUAUCGACACUUCGACAGAUCAUAUCAAGACGUAUACUUAACGUUCAUUUUAACGUGUUUUGUUUGUGAGGCUUGUAUUGGAAUGUGUUGCAACAUUGUGUUUCGUUAUAAUUAUGCUUCGUAUUGAAAAUUCAGAAUGGUUAUCCGGAGAUACUUUUAUGAUUGGGAAUGGGAACCCAGUGACGCUUUCCUCGAACAAAUUCAAGCUUUCGAGAUUUGGAGAGGCAACGAUGAACUUGGAAAUGCCAUAUUUGUCAUGAAAAACCAAGACGUAUAUGCUGCUGGGAGUAUUAUCGUAUGUAGCAAAACAGAUUCGUCGUCAGAGAGCUUUACUGCAGAACGUUCUGAACCAGUCAAGAUUUCUGCGUUGUGUGGCAAACGAAUUAAAAAAUUUAUACUUGGUAUCAGUCAAGUUUUCGUUUGUACCGAAGAAGGGAAAGUUUUCGGUUACGGAUCUUCCGAUGUUGAUAUUGGUCGAUAUAUUUCACCUCAGGAAGUUGUUGAAUUGCAAGGACUGUUCAUAGUCGACAUUUCUAUUGGACCAUCUGGACAUAAUUUGGCUGUAUGUGAUGAUGGAAAAAUUUAUUUAUUCAAAUUUGGCGAAAAAUCGAGACACCUAAUAAACUCUUGUAGUUCAGAAAAUGCGAAACCGCUCAAAGUGUUUUAUAUGGCUACCGGAGAAUAUUAUAUUUCGUUAUUGGAGAACGGAACAGUUGCGAAGGCGAUUAUCAAUGACAUUGGGUUUUUAGUUAGCGAUUAUGAUAACAGUCGUGAUGAGAAUGAUUGCGAAGUGAAGACUUUCCAUUUGACUGAUGUUGAUGGAAUUAAGAAAAUGGUUUGUGGAUCUUCACACGUGCUUGCUCUUGAUGAGCUUGAUCGUUUAUUUGUGACAGGCAGUAAUCAAAAAGGCGAGCUGGGACUAGGCACACCCAAGGUGACUCAAGAAAAUAAAUUUGUAUGCAAUUCAUUUUUUUCCGAGAAGAUUGUUGAUAUUGCUGCGAGUCGUUUUUGUUCCCUGUCAGCUGUCUUGACGGAAAGUGGAAAAGUGUAUAUGUGGGGCAAAGGCCGAGGAGCGCCCAUUUUCAAACCUAAGCUUACGCAGUUUCAUUCGCUUCAUGAAGUGUUCUUCCAUUAUGCGAAUCCUCUGGUAACUUAUAAAUUGAUGAACGUUCACGAAUUAUCACCUGUAAGUUCUGCGCCACUGAAAAAAAUUGAGUUACCUGACUUUGAAUUCGAAUCCAUUGGACCGGAAUCGUGUGACCUGUGCAUUAAAGUAGACGGUAGAAUUAUUCUGACUCAUACAUCCGUGUUAUCAUCACGAUGUGAAUAUUUUGCUAAAUUAUUUCAAGAAGAACCUCAAUGUCCUGAGUGUGAGAAAAAUAAAUCAAGUACUUUGAAGUAUAGAGUUCUAGAAGCUGAAGAAGGCUACAGUUUUGAAAUCUUAAAAAUUUUUCUGAGUUACCUGUACACCGAUGAAAUCGACGUCACGUUACCCUGCAACAACAUUAUAGAAUUACUGAAUUUGGCGAAUGUAUUCGAUUUAGAACAGUUGGCCGAACGUUGUGUGUUAUUGAUACAGUCUAAUAUUACCGUUAACAAUGUUGUCUAUUUGUUUAAUUACGUAAAUAAGAUGAAGAAAUCAACGAAGAUGAAAAGCAUUCUGGAUAAGUUGAGGAGUUACUGUGUGAUAUUCUAUUCAAAAAACAAAACCGCUAAAAAACUGCAAUCUCCCUCGAAGUAGAUGAAAAUUCAACGUCGUUCGAGUGAUUUAACCAGUUCGUGAUUUUACCCUACAAAGUGCGAUGCCUCUGUCUUCAGACUGGUAAGACGAAGUCAUUGUAGGUAAUCAUGAAAUUAUGACACAACUGCCGGAAAAAGAAGUCUGAUGUCUUCGAAUCCAAUUUUAUUGUAAGAAUCUAAAAUUACGUACCUGAUAUCUACUUUGUACAAACAAUGAGGUUUCGUGUACAAUUUUAUUAUUUUUUUAACGAGAGAAUUUAAGCAAUAAACUUGAGAAUAUGGAAUUCACGUAUUAUGUCUCUGAUGUAGAAAAAUUGUCCGGAAGCAUAUUUAUCAUUAUUUUUAUCAGCUGCUGUAACUUUGUCACUUUUCGGGGGUGAAAUGUACUCGUAUGUAAACGUGUAAUUCUAGGAAUCUUGAACCUUGAUAUUCGGUUUGAUAACCUUAAGAUGAAUGCAUUUUUCAUAAACUCUUUAAUUUUUCAAGUGAUCUCUUCUCUCCAUCCUGCUACGUAUUUUGUACUGUAAUCUAAAAUCUAAUACUUGCUAUUGAGAGAACUAGGAAGUAGGAACAAGAACAAAAACUUGAAAAAUUCUAGUGUUCUUUGUUCUUAGUUCAUUCUUUCAUUUUUUUCUGCUACGAAUAAAAUUUUUGAAAUUGUUUUAAUUUU